AUGCAAAACCUGAUCGAAUCGUUGCUCAACUAUUCGAGAACGGGUUCUUCUGAUCGGUUGUUUGUGAAAACCGAUCUCAAUGUUUUAUUGGACGAAGUGAAAAGCACGUUACAGGACGCAGUCGAAGAAAAGAAUAUUGUGAUCGAGUCUGAUAAGCUGCCAACUAUGGAAGUGAUUCCACAUCAAUUUACGCAGUUGCUAUUGAACCUGCUUUCAAAUUCGAUCAAGUACCGCAAGCCUGGUGCGGCUUUGCUGGUACAGAUAAAAGCGGAGAAGGUCAAGGCCGGCGAUCAUCCGGGUGUAUCCGAAGCGAGCAAUACGGAUAUCUGGAAGAUAUCAGUUGCAGACAACGGCAUUGGUUUCGAGCCUGAAUAUGAACGUAAAGUUUUCGAGCUUUUCCAGCGGUUGCAUGGCCGUGAUGAAUACAGUGGUACCGGUAUAGGCCUUGCCAUCUGUAAGAAGAUCGUACAAAAUCAUCAUGGAUCAAUCACGGCGAAAGGCAGACCGGGCGUCGGCGCGACAUUCACCAUCUACCUCCCGGAAAAUCAUAUACCUGCCUGA